AUGAGCAUUGAAGCUACCUUCAGAGGAUAUAUCGAAUCAACCCAAGACACACUUCUCAUAUUCGAAGCCUGUAGAAGAGGACAUUUACCAAAAAUAUGCAGGCGACUACAAGAGAAAGAACGUAAAAUUGUUCAGUCGGGGAGUGUAUUCGUGUUUGACGAACGAGAAUCUGGAAUUAAGCGUUGGACUGACGGCUUGGUCUGGAGUCCAUCCCGCAUUCUUGGAAAUUUUUUGAUUUAUCGCGAAUUAGAUAAGCGUGCUCCCGCCGGUAAAAAAGAGACUGUACCCGUUGAGAGACAACGCAGCAAUAGCCUGGAUACCGAGUCUCAAGCGGAAAAGAACAAGGAACGAGCUCUCGUUGGGAGCUUAACGAAUUCAUAUCGAUUUAAAAAAGGCGGAUUAAUAAAGAAAACCAUGUCAAUAGUUGUCAAUGGUGUUGCUCAACAUAUGAUCAGCUAUUACACCAAAGAGGACGUAUUAGCUGGCAAAUUGAAAACACCAUCGGCAACGCCGAACCUCGCGAUGCUAGAAAUUUCUUCAGAAUUUCUAGUCAAACAGAACUUUCGAAUCCCUCCUCAGAUAGAACCAGUAUAUGACCAAAAUGAGCCCCAAAAAUUGGAUUAUGGAAAGCAUCCGAAUGGUAUUCCUUCUAGGAUGAGCAGUAUUGGAAGUACGAACAGUCCAACGAGGUUAUCAACCCACGGGAUGGAGUAUGUUCAUACUCCGAUAAAGUUGGAGACCGAUAACGCCAAUGCAAUGGUUUCAGAUGGAUAUCGGCAACCACCAAUUGCUGCUUCAGCAUAUACGAACAGUCCGCCACAAUCUUUUGCUCCACUUCAUUCAAGUUUUGGUUACGGAGCAAACCAUUCUUCGAAUGCGGGACAUGAAACAACUUCGCUGCCUAUUCCGUCUGUUCGACCAUUUCCUCCUCAUCGGCAAGCAUCCUAUCAUGAGUUUCCACCCGUCUCACCACACAUAAAUCCGCCACACAGACGACCGCGUAUGAGAUCGGCACCCGCCAUUCAACAAACAACGCCGCAGUCCCUAAUACCAACUAUAACGACUUCACCUAUGUCAGGUCAAUCCGCUCCUCAUCACAUCGGUGCUGCAAAUUCAGACCUUAGUUACUACGCACACUCGGCAAACAGUUGGGCAGAUCAUUCAUUCACGCCGUAUCACUCAUCACAAGGAACUUCAAAUCAACCAUCAACAUCUGGUCUUUCAUCAUCUAAUCACAUGUCAACUGGCGGUGCACAUUCGGAAACGAGUGGCGAUGUAUUCUAUAAUACCACGACUGCUCAUAAUGAGACUGUGUAUGGAAGUAGCACAUAUAGCGAACUGCCGACUACAAUCCCCGAAUUGUAUAAUCCAACACAUUCUUCACAAAGCUCAAUCUCCAAUUCUCAUUCUCAUUCCCAGCAGCAGCAGCAACAACAACACAGUACAGCAUCAUCUCCGACGAUGCGAUCAACUUCAUCGCCCCCUCAUACGUCAAAUCAUGCACCAAUCACACCUCCUCUGACUUCAGCAAAUACAAACCAUACCGCUAUUAUCAAUGCAGGCAGCAAUAAUAGUGGGGGAUUCUUUGCACCUACACCGUCUUUUGGAUAUACACCAUAUUACGCGUCAAAUUUCGUUAAAAACGAUGCAUAUCCGUCGGCAAUGCCGGCUAAUUCCUUGUGUGUUCCGUAUUAUGCUCGAGAGGGAGAUUUUUAA